AUGUGCGAGCGCAAGAAAUUCAACAAGAGGUGUGGGAAGUGCAACACCGUCCUUAUUUCCGACGUGAGACGCAACGGGGAUGAGUGCGACAAGGUCAGAGGCGACGCGAAGCUGAAAUGGGGCGACUGUGGAGAUAUUACAGAAGUCUCAGUGGCCGACGAAAAGACGAAGGAUGGAGAUCCAUGUUGGAAGUGUGCGGCGAAAGCCAGGGCUAUCCCAGAGGAGUGA